AUGCCUUAUUUUACGCGGCAAGCCACAGCGCACGGCAAGCGCAGCGCGUGGGCGCGUGGGCGGCGUCGGCGCGGGGGCGUCGGCGCGGUGGGCGACGCCGCGAGCGCUGGCCGGGGGCGAGGGCUGCUGGCCGCGCCCGAGGACGCGCGGUGGGUGCUGUCGCGCGUGUGCGCUGCCUCCGCCCCCGGACGACGUGUGGCGCCACCUGGACCGCGCGCGCCCUGCGCGCCGCGGCGCGCGCAGGCGGCGCGGAGGCGGAAGCGGCGGCGGCGGCGGCGGCGGCCGAUGACGGCGGCGGCGACGACAGCCUGCCCGCAGACGCCGGACGCCUCCCGCUGCUCAGUACAUCCCUGCUGCAUCAAUACUGUCAGCGGCUCGAUCGUGCAAGGAGUAGAACGACCUCAGCCACUCAGAGCUCGCCCCGGCGUGGACUUGGCGGAUGUGGAGGCGGCGGCGGCGGCGGCGGUCGAGGCGGAGGACGAGAGCAGCGAGGUGGAGUUGGGGCCCGUGGAGGCGGCGGCGGAGGCAGCGGCGGCGGCGGGGCAGGGGGACGAGGGUGGCGUGCUGCUGAUGGAGGCGGACGACCGCCCCCGCGCCCCUCGCCCGCGCCCGCACCCGCACCCGCACCCGCACCCCUUGCGUCUCUACAAACUCCUGAAUCGCGAAUCUGCAAGGAAACUGGACCAAUGAAAAGGAUGUAGUUGGAGAGUGGAGAACAAAUGUUACUAUUUUCAGUGAUCCUUUUUUUAAUAUAAUAAACGUUGAGUUAUCAGUAAUUACGGAAUCUUGUUUCUGUUGAUUCUGCAUACUGCGAUUUCUUUUUCAUCUGUGGUACCCUGUUUAGCCGAGAGAGGAUGGGUUCGCCCUCGCCUCUCCUACGGCCUCUUGAAAUCUCCCAUGUGUCCAAAUCGUAAGAGUCCUCUGCAUGAAUGGCGAAAUAAACUGCAAUGUACAUAUUCUCAUGCAUAUUCUUUCAAAUUACA